AUGGAACUCAACUUUUCUCUAAAUAUGUUUUCUACUCAAGAUCAAACCAUUACAACUCCACCCGAUGAUUUUUCAAGUGGUGAUUUUUACAUUCAUUUUCAUUUGAUCAAUGUAAAUUUGCCCUCUCAAACUAAUGUUACAAAUUCAAUCGAUGACUUUACAACCACCAUUAUUAAUCAGAAUUUUUGGAUUUCUAGUAACAACUUAUGUAGUUGUAAUCACACAACAGUCUUGGACGAAGAUAACAAUAUCUCUUUAUAUGAUUCUUUUUCCACUCUGCCUAUUCCACAUUCUAUAUUAAGAACAAUUCUUCCUGCCAUUGGAGCUGGUGCUAGGCAAAUGCGUGCAGAAAACAAUGAAGGUCGCGAUGUAUUAGAGAUGCAUGUGACACUUUGUUUGACCACACAACCUAUUCAAAUGGAUAUGGUUCAAGAAUCUCAUCCACAUGUGUGUGCAGCAUCUCAACUCAUUGUGGAUCGAUUAGAGAAAGUUACAAUGCACCCCACUUCAGAUUAUUCCACAAAACAAUGUUCAAUUUGUUUGGAAGAGCUCUCAAAUGAAUUUAAAUCAGAACUUAUUAAGACAAAGUGCUUUCAUAUCUUUCAUAAAGAUUGCAUUUUUCAAUGGUUCAAGAAAUGCACUAUUCGUCAAUUGGCUUAUUCAUGUCCAUUAUGUCGUUGUAAUUGUGAAAUUAUUUGA